UGAGACCAGAAAGCUGGCGCCAAAUUGAGUUUGUGACGUGAAGAGUUUAGUUUCGUCCGAAACAAGCUGUAUAUAUCAGUCUGUUCAUUUGAAUGGGACCCGCGGGGACUGUUCCCUGUUAGUGAAGCGUUAGUUGGAGACUCGAGAUGCCGACACUGACUGUGAAUGGAGUCACAGUGAAUUUCCCCUUCCCUCCAUACGAGUGUCAGAAGGUCUACAUGAACAAAGUGAUUGAAUGUCUUCAGACGAAAGAGAACGGGGCUCUGGAGAGUCCCACGGGCACUGGUAAAACCUUGUGUCUGCUGUGUGCCACCUUGGCCUGGAGGGAGCACUUCAAGGACACCAUCUCUGCCCGCAAGAUAGCACAGAAGAUGGACGGGGAGAUGUUCCCAAACACACCGCUCGCAUCCUGGGGAUCGGCUGCCACAGACGGUGACACACCAACCUACUACACUGACGUCCCCAAGAUCAUUUACGCAUCCAGGACACAUUCUCAGCUGGCACAGGUCAUGAAUGAGUUAAAGAACACUUCAUACAGGCCAAAGGUGUGUGUGCUGGGGUCAAGAGAGCAGCUAUGUAUUAACCAGGAAGUGAUGCGUCAAGAGAGCAACCAUGUUAAGGUCCAUAUGUGCAGAGGAAAAGUCUCCACCAGGUCAUGUGUCUACUACAAUAAUGUUGAUGAGAAGAGCACUGACAGAGACUUGGUGAACUCUAUCCUUGAUGUGGAAGACUUGGUCAAAUUUGGCAACAAACAGAGGGCCUGUCCUUACUAUCUCUCACGUUCCUUAAAGCAGCAAGCAGAUAUCAUUUUUAUGCCUUACAAUUACCUGCUGGAUCCAAAGAGCCGUAGAGCCCACAAUAUUGAGCUGAAUGGAGCUGUGGUCAUUUUUGAUGAAGCUCAUAAUGUGGAGAAAACAUGCGAAGAGUCCACGUCAUUUGACCUGACUCCCUAUGAUGUAGCCUCUGCCAUUAAUGCUGUGGACAGGCUGCUGGUGGAGCAGGCUAAAGAAGCCAGCCACACAGAUGCUGUCACUGAAAACUUCAAUGUAGAAUCCCUCAACUCAGGUUUAAAAAUAGAUUUGGUCACCGUUGCUAAAAUCAAACAGAUUCUAUUGGAUCUGGAAGCUGCCAUUGAUUCCUAUGAUGUUCCAAGUGACAAAGGCAUCACUAAACCUGGAAUCUUCAUCUAUGAGCUGUUAGAGAGAGCUCACCUGACCUACAGCAGCAAGACAGCAGUCCAUGAAGCUCUGGAGCAGAUCAGUGGAUACUUAGCUGGGCAGACAGGAAUAUUCUUGAACACCAAUGGACUGCAGAAGCUGGCUGAUAUCAUACAGCUGGUGUUCUGUGGUGAGCCAUCAGAAAAGGACAGACAGCAGCAGAUGCAGUUGAACACCUCUCAUUUUAAGGUUCAUAUUCACAGAGACACCAGCUCUCACAAGAAAAAACAGAGCUCUGAUGUGUGGGCGUCAUCCUCAUCGAAGAAACAAGGCAAUAUUCUGAGUUACUGGUGCUUCUCUCCUGGCUACAGCAUGCAGGAUCUGGUGAAUCAAGGUGUUCGCUGCAUCAUUCUGACCAGUGGUACCCUCUCUCCUCUGUCAUCAUUCACCUCUGAGAUGAGGAUAAAAUUCCCAGUGUGUCUGGAGAACGGCCAUGUGAUUGAGCGGGACCAGAUCUUUGUUAGCGUCAUUGAACGAGGCCCAGAUGGCGUGCAAUUGAGUUCAGCGUUUGACAGAAGGUUUGUUCCUGAAAACAUGGCAUCUUUAGGCAAAACUGUUGCCAACAUGAGCCGUGUGGUUCCUCAUGGUCUCUUAGUGUUCUUUCCCUCCUUCUCUUUAAUGGACAAAACACUGGACUUCUGGAGAGAUAACGGACAUGCAGAUCGUAUUGAGAGCAUAAAGCCUAUGUUUGUUGAACCUAAAGGAAAGGGCACCUUUACUGAGGCUAUUGAUGGAUAUUACAACAAAGUCCGUGAUCCAGCAUCCAAAGGGGGAAGCUUCUUUGCGGUGUGUCGAGGGAAGGCUAGCGAAGGUCUGGAUUUUACAGACAACUUUGGUCGAGGUGUCAUCAUCACAGGCCUUCCCUUCCCUCCAAGGAUGGACCCUCGAGUCAUCUUGAAGAUGCAGUUCUUGGAUGAGAUGAGCCGGAAGAGAGUUCCUGGACUAAAGUACCUGUCUGGGCAGGAGUGGUACAGACAGCAGGCUUUCAGAGCUGUGAACCAGGCCGUGGGUAGAGUUAUUCGCCAUAAGGACGACUAUGGAGCCAUAUUCCUGUGCGAUCACAGGUUUAAAAGCUCUGAAGCCCGGGCUCAGCUUCCAUCAUGGGUUAGACCUUAUGUGCGUCUGUACGAUGGCUUUGGGAAUGUGGUCCGUGACGUCUCUCAAUUCUUCAGGGUUGCACAGAAAAUGAGGCCUGUAGUAGAAAAGACUGCUGCAGGGAAAUGUAGCACAGAGUGCCUAUCAGACACUCAGUCCUCUGGCUUCACUUCCUGCGCAUCCACCCAAAGCUCCCACACACAGAAGGCUAAGAUGUUGGACAGCCACCUUCCCAGCCUGAAGAGGAGGAGGCUCAAUGAAAACACUGGAGCUAGUGGGAUGGCCAAAAUCUGUAUUGAGUACGAGUGUGAGGUGCAGGAGAGUCAGAGGAGACCAGCCAACCUGUUGGACGCUCUGGAACGAGGUGACGUCCACGAUGGAGAGGGCGCUGAUGCUGCCGUGGGAGAGGAGAAGGCAAACCAUCUGUCCACCCUCUCUCUUAAACAUGACAAGAGGAUGGAAGAUGAAAUGCGGGGAGGAAAACGUAAAAUCAAAUUGGUCCAAGAGCAGAAAAUCAGCGUGUCAGAGGAUGUGUGUGGGGAAAGUAGAGCCAGCCGAGCUAAGACGUUUCUGGCAGAGAUGAAGAAGUCACUGAGCCAGGUCAACUUCGAUCGCAUCGUGCAGGCGCUGCAGACCUACAAGAAGACAGACAACCUGGAUGUCCUGCUCACUGAGACAGCUGUCUUAACUGAGGACACCAACACUCACAGUCUGCUCCGUGGCUUCUACCAGUUUGUUCGGCCACAUCACAAGAAGAGGUUCGAUGAGAGGUGUGUGGAGCUGACAGGGCAGGGCUGCGGAUACAAACCGGACCACUCACUGUCAAAGGAUGAGAAGAAGGUGCUGAUACUGCAGAGUGCCACAGACCGUGAGCCUGCUGUGAGUCUAACCUCCUCCAGUGGGACGUCUACCUGCAGGCAGCUUAAUACAGAGCAGCUCAACAAAGGGGGACAUCACUUAAACCAGCAAGGAUUAAGAGAACCUGCGACUGAUAAGCUCCAGCCCCCUUUCCUGUGUUCAUCAGCUUCUGCUCCAAAGAAAGACGUCCACGUUGCUUUUCUGGCUGAUGUGAAAAAAGCCCUGGGAGCAGAGAAAUCAGCUGAGCUCUUUAAGACCAUUAACAGCUACAAGAAGACGGACAAUUAUGAGCAGUUGGUGACCACAGUGGUGAGCUUAUUUACAGAGAGAGACGAGGACUUCAACCUUCUAGUCCGAUUUGGCAUGUUUAUUCGCACCCACCAUAAGAAGCAGUACAAAGAGAUGGUGGAUGCUUUGAAAGGUCAGCCAGUGUGAACUGCUGAUGUCCCUGCUGUGAAUGAAGACCUGCAAAGAAAAGCUUGUCACCUCCUUUGAGAACUGGAGACAUUGUGUCCUCAGGCAGCCACAAAGCUGUUACUGAUAUGUUCCUUCUGGCAAACUGGGCUCUGUUUUGGGGCAGUAACUCCUCUGAACGCUGCAGCUGGAUGCGUUCUGGUUGGGAAGUCCUCUGUACAUCACAGACUGAGCAGAUGAACCAGAUUUACUUUUGGAAUCAACAUUUACAAGUGGCGCCUGUAACUCCUGACGACGCUCGUCAGCAGUCCCAUGAUCCCGUGUUCUUCUCCAUCUGCCCAACAACGAAGAAGAGUAGAUCACUCAUUUAAAAGGUGUUUUGAAACAUGGGCUGUAAAGGUUUAUAAUUUAAUUGCAAGUAAAGCAGACUGUCUACUAACACUAGGUCUUACAAUAAUGUAAUUAAAAGUGAACUUGUAAUAUGUGGUGGCAAUUUCUGUGAAUCAAGCACAAAUUCAAACACUGGACUCACAGUACAAUCACCUCCAUGACAAUAUUAAAAAUAAAAAAUCUUUGGAAUCAA